AUGUCUGCGCCAGGCGAAGGCUAUGGCCAGCCCCAAGACCAGGGCCAGCCCUACGGCCAGCAGAGCCCCUACCCUGACCAGCAGGCCUACGAUGCCCAGCCCUCGCCUCCCCCGCAGGUCCAGGCUCAUCACGACAAGAAGAAGAAGAGGGCCUACGCGGCAGGCGCGUUCGACGUCGGAAGCGGAGCAAAUGCCGGCGUCGGUGGACAGGCUCAAGGCGGCGCCCCGUUUGGAGCCCAGUACGGCGCUCCUCAGCCCCCCGCCGCCGAGUAUGGAGGUUACCCGGCACAGCAGGCGCCGCAGCCCGGCUACCCUUCCCAGCCCUACGGCGCGCCUCAGCCCGGGGUGCCUUCGCCCGCCCCCGGCCCCGGCUACCAGGCCCCGGACGCCUACGGCUACCCCGGCAGCCCGGCUCCUCUCACACCAGGCCUCGGCGGCGUCACCGCUGGCAUGGGCGCCAUGAAUCUGGGCCCCGGCCAGGCGCCGCCUCCUCAGCAGCCGCAGCAGCCGCAGCAGGCUCGUGUCGGCCCUCUGAACCAGCUCUAUCCGACCGACCUCUUGAACCAGCCCUUCAAUGUUUCCGAGCUUGACCUGCCACCGCCGCCUAUCAUGCUGCCCCCAAAUUCGAGUGUCACACCUUCGCCGGACGCCAACUGCCCUCCUAAAUAUGUUCGCUCUACGCUGAAUGCUGUGCCUACAUCGCAUAGUCUCCUCAAAAAGUCCAAGCUGCCCUUCGCCCUGGUGAUCCAGCCGUACGCCGCGCUGCACGACCUGGACGACCCGGUCCCCAUCGUGCAGGACCAAGUCAUCUCCCGCUGCCGGAGGUGUCGUUCCUAUAUCAACCCCUACGUGACCUUCCUCGACCAUGGCCACCGGUGGCGCUGCAACAUGUGCAACCUCACCAACGACGUCCCGCAGGCCUUCGACUGGGACGCGGCUGCGCAAAAGAGCGUCGACAGGUGGCAGAGGCACGAGCUGAACCACGCCGUGGUCGAGUUUGUCGCGCCCCAGGAGUACAUGGUCCGCCCGCCGCAGCCCCUGGUCUACCUCUUCCUCUUUGACGUCAGCUACGCCGCCGUGUCCACGGGCCUGCUCGCCACCAGCGCGCGCACCAUCCUCGACAGCCUCAACAGGAUACCCAACGCCGACCGGCGCACGAGGGUCGGGUUCAUCGCCGUCGACUCGAGCCUGCACUACUUUGCCAUCCCCAAGGACGAGGAGGAGAACGCCGAGACGACCAUGCUCGUCGUCAGCGACCUGGACGAGCCCUUCCUGCCCGUGCCGCAAGAGCUCCUGGUCCCCUUGACCGAGUCCAGGCAGAGCAUCGAAAACUUCCUGACCAAGCUGCCCGAGAUGUUUGUCAACAACCAGAACAGCGGCUCCUGCAUGGGAUCCGCACUGCGGGCCGGCCACAAGCUCAUCUCGCCCCUGGGUGGCAAGAUCUGCGUCCUCAGCGCCUCCCUGCCCAACAUGGGCUACGGCAAGCUGGACAUGAGGGAGGACAAGAAGCUGCUGGGCACCUCCAAGGAGAGCGGCCUGCUGCAGACGGCCAACAGCUUCUACAAGAGCUUCGCCGUCGAGUGCUCCAAGAACCAGGUCUCCAUCGACAUGUUCCUCUUUUCGUCGCAGUACCAGGACGUCGCCUCCCUCAGCAACCUCCCCAGGUACACGGGCGGGCAGACGUGGUUCUACCCGGGCUGGAACGCCGGCCGGCCCGAGGACGCCAUCAAGUUCGCCUCCGAGUUUAGCGACUACCUGUCGUCCGAGAUUGGCCUCGAGGCCGUCCUGCGUGUCCGCGCCACGACGGGGCUGCGCAUGAGCACCUUCUACGGCAACUUUUUCAACCGGAGUUCCGACCUGUGCGCCUUCCCCGCCUUCCCUCGCGACCAGUGCUACGUGGUCGAGGUGGCGAUCGACGAGAACCUGCAGAAGAACAUCGUCUGCAUGCAGACCGCCGUGCUGCACACCACGUGCAACGGGGAGCGUCGCAUCAGGGUCAUGACCCUGGCGCUGCCCACGACGACCAACCUGGCCGACGUGUACGCGUCGGCCGACCAGUGUGCCAUCGCCACCUACUUUAGCCACAAGGCGGUCGAGAGGGCCCUCAGCAACGGCCUCGAGUCGGCGCGCGACAGCCUCCAGAGCAAGAUCACCGAGCUGCUCCAGACCUUCAAGAAGGAGCUCGCCGGCGGGAGCAUGGGCCACGGCCUGCAGUUCCCGUCGAACCUGCGCGGCCUGCCCGUCCUCUUCCUCGGCCUGAUCAAGAACGUCGGCCUCCGAAAGUCGGCGCAGAUCCCCUCGGAUCUCCGGUCCGCCGGCCUCUGCCAGCUGUCUACCCUGCCCCUGCCUCUCCUGAUGCAGUACAUCUACCCGCGGCUCUAUUCGCUGCACGACAUGCCGGACAAUGCCGGCAUCCCGGACUCGGAGACCAGCCAGAUUGCGCUGCCGCUCCCGGUCAACCUGUCGUCGGAAAAGCUGGUCUCGUAUGGCCUGUAUCUCAUCGACGACGGGCAGACCCAGUUCCUCUGGGUCGGCAGGGACGCGGUGCCGCAGCUGCUCGCGGACGUCUUUGGCGUGUCGGACCGGGCACAGCUCCGCGUGGGCAAGGGGAGCGUGCCCGAGCUCGACAACGACUUCAACGAGCGGGUACGCGCCGUCAUCCAGAAGAGCAGGGACCACAAGUCCAAGGGCGUGGGCAGCAUUAUCCUGCCGCACCUCUACAUUGUCAGAGAAGAUGGGGAGCCGAGCCUCAAGCUGUGGGCGCAGACCCUAUUGGUGGAGGACAGGGCAGAUCAGGGCAUGAGCUUCCAGCAAUGGAUGGGCAGCCUGCGAGAAAAGGUCAGUUCACGUUGA